AUGGGAAUAGCAGCCGUUCUCACUGUCUUGUGUAUGUGUUCACUCAGCUUGAGUGAUCCGGACGGCGGCACCAAAGUUGGAGAUCCUGUCGAUGCAACACCAACUGAGGUGAGGACUUGUACUCGCUGAUUUUGAGCUAAGACGUCAAAUCAGUUGAGGUACAGUAGCACCCUGUUAGUGCAGUAAGAAUGGAAUUAAUUUUCCAGAUUCACAUAAACGCAAAUAGAGUACUGUAACAUCUUCAUUAUGUUGUCAUAUUUACAUGGACACCCCUAGACUAGUUUUAUGUAUUUUUAACUCGUGUCUUUUUCUGGAAUAAGUACAACAGCCUCACUAUUAUAAAGACAAUCAUUAGAGGAGCAGGAGUAUCAGUUCCACGUGUUUCACCGUAACUGUUUCCUUCAGAACCCAGAGACUCACGGGAAACAGGCAAGAGGAGAUGUACCGGAGGAGCCAGAGCCCACCAGUCCUGUCUCAGACUUUGACAACACAUACAACUAUAUUUGUACGCCUGCACAAACUCAUCAAUAGUAUAUGCUACACACUGUACAAAUUAUUGCUGAGUUGUCAGACAUAAACAUCUUGCGAGGUCUUCUCUUGCACAGUGUCCAGACUGUCAGCGAUGGAUCAGGCCAUCCACAGGCUGAAUGUGGGCCACUACACACUGGACGUGAAGGUGACCCAGCUGGUGGACAGAGUGUCCCGGCUGGACGGCACCCUCGGGGAGAUACAGGACACCAUGCAACAGAUAUCCCUCCUCACCAAGGAGAACCGCAAGGAGAUUGGCCGCUUGGAGGGUAUGUCUUCAUAUACCUCCCUUUUCCUCUAUUUUGUUAAAAUGUUUUACUAUAGAAUGCUGAAAAAGAAUUACAAAAUCAUGAAAAACUAAAGGUGAAAUGUUUCUUCCUCUCCUAGGAUGUCAGAAGGGCCGGCAGGUGGGAUAUAAGUGCUAUCUGGUUUACCGCACAUAUGAGACGUACCCAGGGGCAGCCCAGAAGUGCCUGGAGCGUGGUGGAAGGAUGGCCAUGCCUCGGGACAGGAAGGAGCAGGAAGCCCUGGCAGACUACGUCAAGGCUUUCUUCCAGCCAGGGAACUGGCCUGUGUGGCUGGGCAUUAAUGACCUGCGCUCUGAGGGACUCUACCUGUUUGAGGACAACACACGCGUCACCUACUUCCAGUGGCGCAAGCACUUCCUCUCCAGCCAGCCGGACGGAGGCAAGCGGGAGAACUGUGUGGCCAUUUCGUCAGAUGAUGGGGACUGGUGGGACAACUAUUGUGACAGGAACAUGUAUUACCUCUGUGAGUUUGAUGCCUGA